GUCCAUGAAUGAUGGUUCAUGGGCCUAAGACAUGCCUUAGCUUUCUUAUUCUCAUAGCAGAACAGUGAGGGUAUCAACUGCUUUCACCCGCUAAUGGACAAGGCCCAGAUGUAAACGGCUGGUUCUUGCCUGACAUGUGGUAUAAUUUUUGAUUGUAAUGUAUAUAAUCUGUGGUUAAUAUUUUGUAUUAUGUUGGUUAUCCGCAUCGGAUGUGUCGUUUAUUUCCGGUAGCGUCGGUGUUUGUGGCACUGGUCGUGAGUGUAUGUCGUGAAAUUAAUUUUGUGGUUUAUUGCUAACCUAAAUUUUCUGUGUUAGCCUUAAAAUCUUGUGUAAAAUCGUUAUGGCUGGCACUCCUCAAGUUCAAGAUGCUUCGGACAAAUGCAACGUUCCACCACAAGUGUCGUAUGCUGUUUAUUUAUUUGAUUCUGAAAGGUUGGUUCGUGUGGCCAAAGAGGUGAAUGGCAACAGUGAAGAUGUAAAUCAGCACAGCAUCGAUGAUACUCUUGGAUUUGACCUUCUAACAUCACCACUGAUGCCAGAUCAAGAACAUAAGCUGCGACUGUUCCUUGUUCGCCGCCUUCAUAAAGGAGCAAUUUAUACAGGGACUGGAAAUUUCUCUGGAAUGGAUUUUAGUCUUUCGGAAAAUGCCAUCGCGCCUUCCCCAGCCAUUUGCUACUACAUUCUUUUGCCAUGCCAACAUUCUACGACUUUGCAAGCGAUGAUUUGCUUGCUGGCAUCGACUGAAACAAACUUGGAGGUUUUCCGGCCAGAGUUGACACAGUUCUGUGAAAUGUUGGCAGCUCACAUUCCAUGUGUUAAGGAAAAGCCGCUCCCAGUGUCUGCGUCUGCUAGGCUGAUGACGUGGUACAGCAUCUGCGUGCAGUACGUUGGUCGAGUGCUGCGAGCAUUGGGCUCAAAUAUCUCCUCUUUACUACAGCUGGCUCAGCGCAGCGGUCACAUAGUAGGUGGCGUGGGGGUGGACCAGAUGCUGGUGGAUGAUACGGAGCGCUUCCUGGAAGCGUGCGCCAUGUCCGAGUGCCUGCCACCGGCACAGUCGCCGACAGGAGAGGUGACAACCUUGCAGAAGACGGACAGGCAGACAUACGUUGUGGAAGAUGUGGAGUGCAAUGCCUAUUGCUCUGAAUGGACUCGCCAUUUGUUAGACCUUGGCCACAACUCCGAGCCCUGGAGGUUGCGAAGGGUUCUUGAGGCUUUCAAACUUAAGACUAUCAAGGAUAUGAACAUGUUGAAAAGAUUACUCAAGCAGUCGGAAAUGGAUCAUUACUCGCUGUACAGGGCAUAUUCAUUUCUCUGGCAGUCCGGCAACAGUGACGUUCUGUUAAGACAGGCCAAGUUGGAGGGCACUUCUGCCCCAGAUAUCAUAGCUGCUCUGGAAGAACACUUCCGUUACAUCGGCGCAGAGUGCGCGCCAGCAACUGUGUGAAGUGAAGCGUUGAGCUGCUACUCACAGCGUUGUUUAAACUACGAAGGCAAGACCAUGUCUGUUUUUUGGACGUGGGGCAUGUACUCGUACGUAAUGCAUUGGCUCACUUGUAAGUUGUUGACGGGAGAGUGGCUAUAAGGAAACUAAUGUACUUUCAACUUUGUAUCUUCAGUUUCUCUGGGCAAGUCUGGAGGAUACCGCGGAAGAGUCGGAUCACCCUCAAAAUGGGAUUCCAUUUGCCGUGAAUAAUAUGCGAGGGGCAUCACGCCGUACAGAGGCUGGUAUUCCCUUAUUAGAAUGGAUUCAUCCGGCUUCAAGUGGAGUUUAAGUAAUGAUGUAUAUAUUGUUACAUUUCCAUUAAACAUUUGAUGCCUGAAA